CCGGAAGUCAGUACGUGUUCGUUUUUUGUGACACCCCCGGAAGCUCGCGGCGAAUAUCUCCAAAAAAAAGCCCGAAGUGGCGGUUUUCUCUUCCCAAGUGCUGCUAAAUCAGCACCAUGCUGCCCCUGUCCUCCUCCGGCUCUAACGGCUCUCUGGGCUCUCGUGACGCGGCGAGGCACACGGCGGGGGCCAAGCGUUACAAGUAUCUGAGGAGGCUCCUUCACUUCAGGCAGAUGGACUUUGAGUUCGCCCUGUGGCAGAUGUUCUACCUGUUCACGUCUCCUCAGCGGGUCUACAGAAACUUCCACUACAGGAAACAGACCAAGGACCAGUGGGCGCGCGACGACCCCGCCUUCCUCGUGCUGCUCAGCGUGUGGCUCUGCGUGUCCACAUUGGGCUUCGGUCUGGUUCUGGACAUGGGUUUUGUGGAGACUCUGAAGUUGCUGCUGUGGGUCGUGUUUGUCGACUGUAUCGGAGUCGGACUCCUCAUAUCUACACUCAUGUGGUUCGUCACAAAUAAGUACCUCCUGAAGCAGCCGAGUCGGGACUUUGACGUGGAGUGGGGCUACGCGUUCGACGUGCACCUGAACGCCUUCUACCCACUUUUAGUCAUCCUCCAUUUUCUACAGCUCCUCUUCAUCAACCAUCUGGUGGUGAUAAACUCGGACUGGUUCGUGGGAUACUUCACGGGGAACACGCUGUGGCUCAUAGCCAUCGGAUAUUAUCUUUACAUCACCUUUUUAGGAUACAACGCGCUGCCUUUCCUGAGGAACACCGUUGUUCUCCUGUAUCCGUUCGCUCUCCUCGUCCUGGUCUAUGUCCUCUCCGUGUCUCUCGGCUGGAACUUCACACGAGGACUCUGCGACUUCUACAAAUUCCGAGUGCGAUAAAAAACAAAAAACACGUCUUCGGUUUGGGUUUCCGAAAUGCUCCUCACUGCUCUGGACUGGACAGAACCUGCCGCCGCCGCCGCUGCUGUGGAGGAUUCUGUCGUUUUUGUACAUUUCUUUGUAAAUACGAUGGAGACGGUUGUAAAAUAUUAAACGUGAGAGUGACUUUGACUCAGUUGUGUUGUAAAGGCUGACGCACUUUGAAUAAACCCUUUUAUUUACAAGAAAUCUUAACGCAAUGUCAUUUUAACACAAAACAGGGACGCAAUAAAACCACAUUUUAACUCGG